AUGGUGUCUGCUCAAAUUACCAACCUCGCCAUCAUCUUGGUGAUGAUGCAGCUGUCCAAGAAGGUUCCCUUUGACGAUCCUCAAGUCCUGAUGCUCGUGCGCGGAUGCUACAUCUUGUCCAAUGUCCUCAUCCUGGCUGUCCAUUUGUACACCCAGUAUCAGAUCAACAAAAAGAAGGACAUGACAACCCUCAAGUAUGUUGAGCCCGCCGCGAUGGGUAGCACCGAGGAGCCCAAGCCCGUUACCACCACCAACAUGGACUACGAUAAGGCUCAGCUGCGCCAGCAGCUCCGUAGUCAGCUCAUGGGUGUCGGCAUGAUGGGUGUGAUGCACCUGUACAUGCAGUACACCAACCCCCUCCUUAUCCAAUCCAUCAUCCCCCUCAAGGGUGCCUUCGAGUCCAACCUGGCUAAGAUUCACGUCUUCGGAAAGCCCGCUACUGGUGAUCUCGCUCGUCCCUUCAAGGCUGCCGGUGGCUUCAUGUCCCAGGGUGGACCUAAGAGUGACAAGGCCUCUAUUGAGGCUGCCGAGAAGAACUGGCGUGGUGGUGUCAAGGAGGAAUAA